AUGAAUAGUGCUUGUACCAUACCCAAGAAAAAGUAUUAUUUAGAAUUUCAUAAAAGCCAUGUAUCGGUUGUUAAUGUUGAAAGUUAUGUAAAAUCGACAUUAAAAAUAACAUAUUCUGAAGAAUUAAAUUUAACAAAAGAAAAGGAAUAUAUUGAUAAAAAUUUGAUUGAUGAGUAUGAUGAAAAUGAUAGAUUUUGGUUUUUUGGAUGUUUAGGGAUAAUUAAAGCCGAUAAUAUAAAUUUUUUAGUAAUAGUUUCAGAUGCUGAAAUUGUAUCUUAUUUAUUUAAUCAUGCAAUUUAUAGGAUUAAAAAAAUAUCAUUUAUCCAACUAAAUGAUGAAGAAAUAACCAAAAAUGAAUCUGGAAAAUAUGAAUAUGAAAUUUGCCGUUUGUGGAAUAGUGGGAAAUUGACUAAAGUGUCCGAAAAUCUUAGAGGAUUAAAUUGUAGUAAUAAUUAUAACGGUUUUUAUAAAAGAAGAAAUAACAAGAAUGAAUUAAAUAAAGAUAAUUCCUUUAAUAAUAAAUUUGAUCAAAAUUCUAUAUUUUUGAAUAAUAAUAUUUCAGGAUAUAAUAAUGAAUCUUAUAUACAUAAAUUUAAAAAUAGCAAUUUAAAAAGAGGGAUUUUAGAUACCUUGAAUUAUUUUUUUAGUGCUUUUAAUAAAGGACCAUUUUAUUUUUCCUAUUACUAUAAUUUAACAGUAUCUUUACAAACAAAUUAUAUAAAUGAAUCGAAAAAAGGAAAUAAUCUUGAUACAAAAAUGAAAAAUAUGGUUAAGAGUUAUAUGAAUAAUGAUAAAGGUUUCAAGGAAGUUUUAGUUUUCGAAAAACUUCGUUUUGAUGAAAUUAAUCCAGAAUAUGCAUGGAAUUGGAAAAUCAUAGAUAGCUUUAUAAAAGUCAAUGGAUAUGCUUUUGUUAUAUUUCCGAUACAUGGGUAUGUCAAUUCGAUUGUUUUGGAAAUUGAAAAAAAAGACGAUACAAAAUGGGGCAGCACAACAUGUGACAGUACAAAAUUGGACGGUGCAAAAUUGAACGACACAAAAUUGAACGACACAAAAUUGAACGGUGCAAAAUGUGAAAGUGAUAGUGUAAAUAGAAUCCAGAUCUUUUUAAUAUCCCGAAAAAAUAAGAAUAGAGGUGGAGUGCGAUUUUGGUGUCGAGGAGGAAACGAAAAAGGGGAAGUAGCAAAUUUUGUUGAAACAGAGCAAAUAGUAAUUUCUAAAAAUAUAAAAGAAACAAAUAUUUUUAGCUAUAUUAUAAUAAGAGGAUCUAUACCAGUUUUAUGGUCCCAAGAACCAGCAUUAAAUUUAAGGCCAAAAAUAAAUAUAUGCUUUGAUAUGAAUAAAAAUAUAAAAACGAUAAAUUUGCAUAUGGAAAAAUUAAAAAAUCGAUAUGGUAAAAUACAUAUUACAAAUUUAAUAAAUAAAAAAUUUAAAGAAAAAUAUUUAGGAGAACAUUUUGAAAAGUGUUUAAAACAAUGUAAUGUUGAUCAUAAUUAUAUUUGGUUUGAUUUUAACAGUGAACUUAAAAAUUUAAAUUAUGAAAAUUUUCAAAGUUCACUUAAAUCUAUAAUUAAUGAUUUGAAAAAUUAUUCAUAUUUUUUUAUUACUAUUCCUAAUGAUAAAAAAUAUAAUUUAGAACAUGGUAAAUUUUAUAAAUCAUGGUCUUCAAUUAUAGUUAAUAAUUUUCAAAAUGGAAUAUUUCGAGUUAAUUGUAUAGAUUGUUUAGAUAGAACAAAUGUUUUUCAAAGUUUUUUAUCAAAAUGUGUUUUAUUUUUACAGUUAAAAAUUAUAGAUAUAAAUAUAGUACAAAAAAAUAACUUCCCUUUUUAUUUUUUUAAAAAUCAAUAUCAUGAAAUGUUAUAUAGAAAAAAUUGGAUAAAUAAUGCAAAUGCUAUAAGUAUAAUAUAUAGUGGUUCUGGGGCAUUAAAAAAUGAUAUAACUCAAAAUGGAAAAAGAACUAUAUCUGGAUUGUUUCAAGAUUUACACAAUGCUAUAUCAAGAUAUAUUAAUAAUAAUUUUAGAGAUGGAUAUAAUAAUGAUUGUAUAAAUAUAAUAACAAAUGAAAAUAUAAAAUUUCAAAAUUUAUUUAAUAAAAAAAUAAAAUAUAAUAAAAUAAUGAAUGUAAUAUUUGAAUUUAUUCUUAUUUUUUCAACCUCUAUAUGUACUAAUCCGAUACAAUAUUUUUUAAGACGCUUAUAUUUUUUUUCACAUAGUAUUACUUAUUCUACUAUAUCACAAAGUAUUAAUUAUAUUUUUUUUAUUUUAAAUAAAAAUCCACAUUUAUUUAUAUUCCCUUUUAACCAAGUAUACUAUAUUCGUCUUAUAUCUAUAAUAUCUCAAGUUUCAGGAUUGUUUUUUACUUCUUUUUUUGUUUUUUUAUUUUUCUGUUUAUAUGUGUUUACACAAAGGCGCCGAGUUAUUUCAUUCCCAAAGUUUGAAUCGCAAUAA